UAUUCUCUCGUAAGAGUGUGUCAUCAUCUCAGAAGAGGACGGGACACUUUUUUUUUAACCCUUUUUAAAAUUACCUUCACGUCAAGUCUCCAGAAUGGGAACCUGCUGCUUCUUUUUACAUCUGGAAGUCUACUCAUGCACCUGUUGAUCUGUUGAGGAAAACUCUCUGCGUUUAACAAUGAACAAAGUCGCUGAGAUGAAGUCUGACGCUCUGCUUCAUUUGGAGGACAACAUGAGAGCAGAGGAGAGGAGCAGACUGAACUGUGUGGACUUACCUCAGAGCAGUUUAACAGACGAGCAGAACGCAGACCUGCUGCGAUGCCAGGACACCACUGACGAUAGCUCUCCUAUCAAAUACAGAAGAUACGGGUCUCGUCUGGGUGGGGUCAAAGUUCGCCACAAGAGACAGGUGCUGCAGGACAUGGCUCGGCCGCUGAAACAUUGGCUGUACAAACACCGAGACAACCCCUACCCCACCAAGACGGAGAAGGUCCUGCUGGCUCUGGGCUCACACAUGACGCUAGUGCAGGUUUCGAACUGGUUUGCAAACGCCCGUCGGAGGCUGAAGAACACAGUGAGACAGCCCGACCUGAGCUGGGCCCUGAGGAUCAAACUGUACAAUAAAUACAUCCAGGGAAACGCUGAGAGGCUGAGCGUGUGCAGCGAUGACACCGACUCAGAUGAUGAAGAGUGUCCCUUACAAACUCCCAUCAGCCAAUCAGACUUCGUCAGGUCAUCCUCCCACAAGAACGUGCUUGAAAAGCAGGGCAGCGUCCUCGCCAUGGCAGACUCCGCCAACAGUGACGACAGCGCGUCACCCCCAUCCAAGUACAAGAGCAGUUUACUGAAUCGUUAUCUGAACGACACCCUGCGGCACAUGAUGGCGGCGAAGGCCGACAGCGUCACUACAGCUCGCAAGAGGAGGAGCCACUCCGAGUCAUUCAGCUCCAACGAGUGCGAUCGAGAUGUUGUCUCGCCAGCGUCGUCCUACGAAACAGAGGCCAACUUUGUCUACCACAUGGACACAAUGGACUAUACUUCAACUAAAUGUGACAGGGAGCAGCAGCAGGGCCGAGGCCAGCAGAGACGAGGCGAUCAGGGCUGGAGGGAGAUCCACGCCGCCGUGGCUCUGACCAACUUGGCCCAGGGGCAGAGCUGCACGGCAGACCAGAGCAACGUGACAGCGCCCAGAGCUGGUACGGGGCAGAGCUGCACCCGAGAGCCCUUCUCAGUUACGAGGACCGCUAUCAUAGACAGGAUGUGUGUCACAGGACCCACCGCUGCUCUGAGGCAGAGCUGCACCGCGGGGCCCACUCUCACCAGCCGCAUCAUCCAGAAGUCCUCUCAUAUCUCUGAGGUCCAGACUGUUAACGUGGCCCUGGCAAACAGUGUGUAGGCAUUUAAUUUGAGCAUCUGGUCUAUCGUUCCAUAUAGGAAUACCAGAUGCUUAAGUGCCUUGCAGUAUCUGUACAGCCUCUGUUAUUUUGUAAUGCUGAUAAACUUUGACGUCUUCAAUCAUUUUUACAUUGUAAAAUGGAAAAACUAACCUAAUGCAGUUGAAUAUUUUCUACUGUUUUUGCCAUGUUUCUAAUGUCUUCCUAUUGCCAUCUGUUGCAGUAAGUUAUAUUAACUUCCACGAGACCGGAUUAUCAUCCAGUGCUAAAGUCUGACAGCAGCUAUUUGAAUAAACCCAAUGUGAAAUCUUUUGACCAGUCGUUUGCUUUAAAUCAUUGCUUUGCAGUGGCUGGCGCUGCAUACUUAUGUUCUGCUGGACUGUAUUUAGUGGUAGUUUUCAUGUGCGCAAUUGUGGGCCUCGCAGUUUCAUUAUAUACUUUUAAAUUGCUUUUUAAAAGGUUGUAAUAUGGGCAGAAGGAUGCAGGCAUGGUAGACUGAGCACAGACAGUUCUUAACAGUGCUGUAGUUAAAGAUCUUCUCAUGAGCAUCAAGCCAACUAAAGAAGGAUUCACAGUCAGUACGUUUACAUGCAGCUUGAGAAAAUCGAAUUAUUGGCAUAGUCCGACUGAAACCGGACUUUUAAAUGCAUGUAAACAGCUUAGUCUAACUGAAACUGGAAUAUCCAUGGCUCGACUAACACAUCUAGAUCAUUCGAUUGAAAAUCGAACUAUUGCUGCAUGUAUCCACUUAGUCCAACUCGAGUCGGACUCGGCGUUCCGCGCAUGCACCACUUUUUCAUUGAGGGCUUUCACCCGGAAAGAUGACGUAGCAGCAGUUCAGUAUAUAGCAGCGAGUAACUCCCGGAAAAACAAACACCAAGGCGACCGAGAAGCAGAAGACGCACUUCUGGAUAGACAAGGAAUCUAUAUUCAUGCUCCGACAACUAAAGGAGCUAAACAUUUUGAAGUUUAUGGAUAGUAUAUCCACAUAUUUAUCUCCGCCAUCUUCAUUCGUUAUCUUCCUCUUCGGGUCAACCGGAACUAGUUCAAAAAGGACACAGCGUUGCCUAUCGAGGCGGAGUCAGACUUACUUGGUCAGAAAUUAGAUUUUCUCUUCUGCAUGUAUACUCAGACAAGACGAAAAGUCCGACUUAACUGAUUAGCCAAGCUAUGAGCUUAGCUAGACUACUGUGUGCAUGUAAACGUACUGAGUGAUAGUUGGACAUAUUUGAUGUUUGUUUGAAACAUGUCAGUGAGCUUUUAAAGCCCACAUCUUUACUGUUUUGGUUCAAACUCAUGGAUCUCAACAUGCAGCGAACUGUUGCCAGAAAAAAAGCUCCAAAAUCAACUGUCUGACUAACAGCUAGUUAGCAACAUAGAGCAUUUAGAGGCUAAAGAAGCCGGCGUUAGCUUAGUGGAGACCAAAACAGAGCUAACAAGACAUUCGUCACCACAAAUAUCACUCCAAGUGAAUGCUGAUGUUACUCCACUUCAGCUGUAAUUGUAAAUAGGCUACUGUUAGCUAACAGCUUCUCAUACCAACUAGAAGACGUCGUAAAAUCGAUAAAGAUGUUUCCAUUUUUUAAAAUCACAUCUUCAAAGUCAACAUGACGUCGCAGAAUGGCUGCCAUCUUUGUUUGGGGAAAAGGUCAUGCGAAUUCUGCAUCAAGUUUAAUUUGCCACUUUUCCGAACAGUUCUCUGCACUGCUACAAACGG